AUAGGCUCAGAAGACUUGACAACUUUGACACAAAGAUACAGAAAAAUAUAAAAACAGAAUCACAUUUCAAAGACUCCAAUUAACAGACUUUCAGUUUCAGAAGUUAUUUUUAACUAUUUAAGAUACAUUUUCACACAAGAAAGUAGAAAAACGGGAAGAAACCACCCACGAUUUAAUAAAAUUCUAAAGAAUCUUAUGGAAAAGUGAAAUAUUUGGAUCCUUUAAGGGGAAGAAAAUUGUAUCUUUCUAGAUUUGUGCAAAAUACAACAACAAAAUGGAUAAAACCGCCGAACGCCAGGUGAGAUUGGAGGGAGUGGAACGAAUGCUUCAAAUGUCCAUGGAACGCAUCAAGAUUGCAAUGAUAAUUCCGAAACUCUUGGAGAAUCCAGAGGAGCUGAAACGUGUCCUGAAGGGAACUCGUUAUGAGGAGGUCCUUGAGCCCAUCGACGACAUGAUCCAAUACCUUGGCAAGCAGACAGGACGCUCCAAGCUGCCCCACGAUCACACUACCAUGCGGAUCGUGGACUUCUUUUUGGUUAAUCAUCGGAUCCAUCGGUUCUUCCCUCAUUUGAUGCGUUCGCUGGAGGAUCGUGAUCGCCAACUGCUGGCCGCUUUUCACUUCCUCCUGGAGAGCGCCCACAUGCACCUCCACCGAUCCUCCCGGAGUGAGAUCACCAAGGAAAGGAAGCUGCAUGCCAUCUACCAUCAAAAUGUAGACAUUCAGAAGAAGAUCAAGGAACUGAAGGCCAGUCUGGCAUUUCAGAAGGUCAUUGGGAAGUGGAAGACGGCCGCCAAGGGCAUAUACUUGAUGAAGGUGGAGGAGGAUCUGGCCAACAAAAAAUGGCAAAAUAAUGUGGCAAUACAGAAUGAAAUAGAAAAGUGCAACAGGACCAUGAGAAUCUACCACAAGGGUAGUCUGGAUCGGCAGAAGGAGCUGGAGGAGGAGCUGAUCGCCGCCCGGGAGGCCUACGAGAAGAUGACUCUCAAGCACCUACGCGAAGAAAUGGAAUUAAGAAGUGAAAAAAACAAGCUACUCUUGCAACUUCAAAGUAUUCUCAAAAAAUACGAUGUCAGUUUGGGCGAAAAAAUGCGUGAAAAUAUUGACGAGGAGAAUCAGUACUUGGCGGCCAAGAAGCUACUGGACGAGUUCAUGAUCACGUACAAGCAGGAGGAGCGCAUCUACAAGGCUGUGGUGGUGAAGCGGGAGGAGGAGGAGCGUCGUCUCCAGCAGCAGAAACUGAUGAUCUUCAUGAUGAACCGGGCGGCGGCCAAGAUCCAGAAGUAUUGGCGCAAAUGGAAGAAGGAGCAGCGAAAGAAGAACAAGCGUUUGGCCAAAAAGGGCAAGAAAGGAAAAUAGUUUUUCACUUUACACUUCCAAUACAUUUAUAUUUUCUACUUUGUACUUAACGGUACAUUUGUAGAGUUGCCAAUGGCAAUAAAAUAAUAAAUAAAUGAGAGAAUCUUCUCUUUAUAUGCGUUCUA